CUAAAUGUCCGUGGUUUCCGGUAGUGCCAGACGAUUUUAUAAGGUCUAACUAAGUAAAAGAAAUUACUAAGCAAACAACUGACAGAAACGCGAUAUGAAAAUCAGCAUUUUGACAAUUUGCUUUCUGCUCUUGUGCAUUGAGAUCAAUUCGACUUUCUCGUGGAGGCGAAGACGAAGACGAAUUCGAAGAGCACCAUGCAAUCCGGUAAACUGUCGGGUUGGAAGCUGGAGUGUUUGGAGUUCUUGCUCCCAUCGUUGUGGAACUAAUGGCACGCAGACUCGCACGCGACAGAAAACGUUUUCCGCGCAGUGUGGUGGACAAUGUCCAUAUAAUUUGGUGGUGACGCGAUCGUGUAACAGGGGUAACUGCCAUAACGGCGGCACCCCGAAUAGUGGCGGAUGUCGUUGCCGAUUGGGAUACGAAGGAACAUGUUGCGAGAAAGACGUUGAUGAGUGCAUCAACAAUCCAUGCCAACAUAACUGCACCAACACACUUGGCAGUUACACAUGCAAAUGCAAUUCUUGCUACACCAAGCUGGGUACACAAUGUGACUUGAGGCAGUGUAAGAUCAAUAACCACUGUCACGCGUAUGGUACAGUUAACCCUAGCAAUCAGUGUCAGGAUUGUAACGACAGCAACAAGUUCGCCUGGACAAACAACGAUACUUUACCAUGCACCGACGGCAUAGCGUGCACUAUAAACGAUCGCUGCUCUAAUGGGGUUUGCUCAGGCACGCCUUUCUCGUGCCUCACGUGCGUGGAGUGCCACAAUGACGUGUGCCGCGUGAAAACAGGAUACUGCGUAAUCAACGAAAGCGGUAUACGACAGUGUUUCGAUCACGGUUCACCAAGACCAGGUCAUCAAUGCCAGAGAUGCGACACUAGUAAAAAUGUAAGUACUUGGUCAGACAUUGAUGGGGUAGCUUGCAACGAUGGUGACCGCUGUACUCGAAAUGAUAAUUGCAGUAAUGGCCAAUGUAGGGGCACACUUUUCAGUUGUGACUCUAUUUGUCAGUACUGUAAUGGGAACAGUUGUGGCCUAAAGACUGGGUGUGGAUUUUCCAGCAGCAAAUGCAAAUGUAAAAGAAUCGGUGAGACGUUUAUUUAGCUUACUUUUUCAAUAAGACUUACUCAGUAAUGCAGAAAGUUCAAAAGACUGAGAGGAAAUGGCGCGACUUGGUCUUCAGUACACCAGACUACGAGGGAUUUUUAUUUUCUCUUGUUGGUUUACUUUUAAUAUGAGCUUGAAUAUAAAAGAGAUCUUCGCAGUAAUGAAAACUACUGUAGCAGUAGUGAAAAUAAGACCCGAAAAUUCAGGCCUGUAUGGGAUGUGAACCAAUGACCUCUGCGAUACCGGUGCAGUGCUCUGGUCAUUAUGCUGGUUCAUAAUGAAAUUCGUCAAGUAAUGAAUCAAUCGUUUUGAAUAUAUGAAAAUUUUUUGCGAAGAUAACUUUCAUAUUCAUUUCUCAUUAGGCAUUUCACAUACAUGAUUUUCAUAUAUCCACUUUCAAUUAAACUGAGCUUACCCUUUUUUCCUUUCAUUUAAGGUAAUUAUGUUUCUGUUGUAAUACUAAAAGGGCCUAUAUAUAAAUUAUAAGACAGCUUUUUAAGGGGAAAAACCGACUUUUAAUUUCAGGCCAAGACUACGAUUAUCACGCCUUACAUCCAUCAAAUCCAAAUGUAAUGUAAAUCCAAAUUCUGCAAGGUCUUAUAAUGGCUUCUGUAAUCAAUUAGAAUGUCACUUAUGUUGAUAAAAGGUAAUCUUUCUGCCUUCUGCGCGUGAAUUCGGCCUCAUACAACCAAUCCUGAAUGGUUUCAUAGUUCAAGACAAACGGAUUUACCCACUGUCUAUACGCCAUGAUAUUCCUUUCAUUGGUAUUACUAUUUCAUGGACGCGAUUUUUUUUUCUGCCUUCUGCACACGAUUUCGUUUUCAUACAAAC